ACACUAUAACUGUAAAGUAUUUUAUGUCAAUAGUUUUACUAUUAUCCUUAUUAUAAUCUCAUGGCCUACUAAAUUAACUCUUAACUAGAGAGUGAGGGAUAGUUCAAGUGGUUAGAGCUUCCCUUCCGAUUCCAGAAGAUCCUGGGAUCGAUUCUCACCCCCGCCCUUGUGGUUCUUUAAACACCAAAAAAAUUAACUCUUAACUAUCUUUAUCUUCCAUUUUAAUUGUUUUAAAUUACAUGAGACGCACUUUUCUAAAAAAAACCCGUGAAAAAUAAUGUGUUGCAACUUACAAGUAUUAAAAAACAACGAAAGUAUACAUUGUACUCCGUAUAUUUGUAUUUAACUGUAUCUAUUAUUCAGGCACGUACAAAUAAUCUUAAAUUUCUUUUACCGUACUCCACAACAGUUAAUAUUUUUUUUUUACCGUUGCACAACAUUUUUGUCAUUUACUCCACACCCUUAUUCUCCAACCGUUUCUCUUCACUCCACCUCAACAACCCCUCACUAGUCACUUGUUCUUCUCACUACAGACUACACUCCUUCUCAGUACUCUCUUACACUCACACACUUCUUCAGUUCUCCCUCACUUUCUGACCACCAUUAAUGGCGAACAACCCUCCCUUCCACCACCACCUCUUCCACUCCACCCUUCUCCUUCUCCUCUUCACCACCCUCUACCACACCACCGCCAUUACCCACCCCGACAUACAACCCUUACUCUCCUUCAAAUCCUCUGCCGACGUCUCCAACUCCCUCUCCUGGAACACCACGGCCACCCCGUGCUCAUGGCACGGCGUCUCCUGUCUUCAAAACCGCGUCUCUAAGCUCGUCCUUGAAGACCUCAACCUCACCGGCACCUUCCCAACCUCCUUACUUUCACUUACCCAUCUUCGUGUCCUCUCUCUAAAACACAACCACUUCUCCGGCGAACUCCCACCGGAUUUCUCCCCUCUCUCCAACCUCAAACUCCUGUUUCUGUCCUACAACAACUUUUCCGGCGACUUUCCCGCCUCCGUCACCUCCAUCUUCCGCCUCUACCGCCUUGAUCUUUCCCAUAACACCUUCUCCGGUGUAAUCCCGCAAAAUGUCAAUCGUUUGACUCAUCUGUUGACCCUUCGGUUAGAGGAGAAUGCGUUUUCCGGCGGAAUUAUCGGGUUGAAUCUCCCCCACAUUCAGGAUUUCAACGUUUCUGGAAACAAAUUAGGUGGUCAAAUACCCAAAUCUCUCUCUACUUUCCCAGAUUCUGCGUUUUCCGGCAACAAAGCUCUUUGUGGACUGCCAUUAUUGAGCUGCAAGGAGGUUUCCAACGACCCGGCAAAACCCGGAAACGACGCCGUUCCACCACCGGUGGGACCCACCACCGCCGUCGUCUCAUCCUCUCCGGUAUCCACCGUGCCGUCGAGAGAUUACCCGGUGAAAAAUCCGGGUCAUAAUCACGGUAGAUUGAGUUUAUGGGCUAUUAUUGCAAUUAUUGUCGGAGAUAUUUUGGUGUUAGCAGCUAUUAGUUUACUCCUGUACUGUUACUUCUGGAGGAGUAAUAAGAACAAGAAUUCAGGGGUAGUUUCAGGAGGAGAGAAAAUUGUGUACUCGGCGAGUCCAUACCCGAGUGGACUUGCCGGGUUGGACCGGCCGGGUCGGAUGGUGUUCUUCGAAGGAGGAAAGAGUUUUGAGUUAGAAGACUUGUUACGAGCGUCGGCGGAGAUGUUGGGGAAAGGGGUGUUUGGGACGGCGUAUAAGGCUGUUUUGGAUGACGGAAGUGUAGUGGCGGUAAAGAGGUUGAAAGAGGCUCAGGUUGGUGGGAAGAAAGAGUUUGAGCAACUAAUGGAGGUUUUAGGGAGGUUGAGGCAUCCAAAUUUGGUUAGUUUGAAGGCUUAUUAUUUUGCUAGGGAUGAGAAAUUGUUGGUGUUUGAUUACUUGCCUAAUGGCAGCUUGUUCUGGCUUCUUCAUGGAAACAGAGGACCUGGACGAACCCCAUUAGACUGGACAACGAGAUUAAAGAUAGCUGCAGGAGCAGCGAGAGGAGUUGCAUUCAUCCAUAACUCGUGCAAAACCCUCAAACUGAUCCAUGGUGAUAUCAAAUCGACAAAUAUCCUCAUUGAUAAAACUGGUGAUGCUUGUGUGUCUGACUUUGGUCUCUCAAGCUUUGCCCCUAAUUCAACCACCAAUGCAAGAUCAAAUGGCUACCGUGCUCCUGAAUCACUUGAUGGUCGCAGGCUCAACCAAAAGGCUGACGUCUAUUCUUUUGGGGUUUUGCUGCUUGAGCUUCUAACAGGAAAGUAUCCAUCAAUAGUAGAGGGAAGUGGACCUUAUGGCACAGUAGGAGUUGGUGGGGUGGUGGAUCUUCCGAGAUGGGUGCAGUCAGUAGUAAGGGAAGAAUGGACUGCUGAGGUUUUCGAUCUAGAGUUAAUGAGGUACAAGGACAUUGAGGAGGAGAUGGUGGGCUUAUUGCAGAUUGCCAUGGCCUGUACCACUGCAUCUCCUGACCAUCGGCCUAGAAUGGGGCAAGUGGUCAAAAUGAUCGAGGAGAUACGUGGCGUAGAAGUAUCACCAUCACACGAUAACUUUGACUCUGAUUCACCUUCUAUCUCUGAGGAUACAGGGGGCGUUAGCCAAUGAAUCAAUGAUUAUGCAACACAAGUUGUACGAUGUGAAUCUUCUCAAAGCCAUUAUAUAAACUCUCAGACUCUUGAGUGAUGUAAAUUAGGUUUAACCAGUUAAAAUGCCGGUUUCAUUUCCAUUUGAUUCUAGGCUUUCUAGCUUACUAUAUAGGUAAUAUUAUUUAUAUUGUAGAUGGUUUGCUUGAAGCAAAAAGUGGAAAUUUGCUCUUAGAAAUCUGCAACGUACAAAAUAGAACUCAAAGUUUCUUUUGCAUAACUAGAAUUUAGUAUUAACAUAUUGUUACUCGCAUCUAUAUCCUUGUUGAAAAAACAAAUGAAAUAAACAUAAAAAAAUAUGGAUGUGUUAAAGUUUUACCGAUAGAAAGUUUUAUAAAGGAGUAAGAGAAGAUGGAGAAAUUGAUUAUGUAUAUUGCUCUGGUAACAUGGCUUAUAUAGCCAAGAGUUUUACAUAUAAUGCCACACAAGUUCACAAGUCUUUGGACUUGUGUGAACAUUGUGAAAUCAAAUCAAAUAAUUAUAGGCAUUCAUAUUUAUCUUCUAACA